CUCAGGUGUCUGCCGUGCGCAGAGGUGCUCUGUACCUGUUGUGAGUACUCCGUAUAGGGGCCGUUUUAGUCACAGCUGUCCGAACUCGGACCAGUGGAUUCCCGACUCUGAACUGGUGCUGGGUCGGAGCCCAAUGGGGGAGACAUGAUUUACCACAUUUGUCGGCUCUUGUUGAUUCAUUGGCUGGCCAGAGGCAAAAGUGAUGUACCCCACAUUGAGUCAUCCCACUCAUGCCACUCAUGGACAUGGAUUGCCCCUCAAAAUUCACCAACACAGGACUGCCCCAGCCCUGACCGCCAUUGACGAAAAAGUUACCUUUGCAAAGCAAUCCCGCAACGACGUUGUGUGCCUGGCGCUGGUGGCCUCGGUUUGCACCAAUUGGCCGGGUACUUGCUCUUGACAUCGCCGGGAACCGCCACCAUGUCUUCCUUCUACAUCGAGAACAAGAAUGUCGGCAACAAGGCCGAGAGCGAGGAUUGGAGGAUUCGCGGUUACAACCCUCUGACGCCGCCAGACCUGCUUCAGCACGAAAUCCCCCAGACACCCCAGUCCAAGCGGACAGUCCUCCAGGGCCGCGAAGAAGCUGUCGCCGUCGUCAACGGAACCGACGAGAAGCAGAGGCUACUUGUGGUUGUCGGACCUUGUUCCAUCCACGACCCAAAGGCUGCGCUCGAGUACUGCGACCUGUUGUUGAAGGAGAAGGAGAAGCACAAGGAUGAGCUGCUGAUCGUGAUGCGCUCGUACCUCGAGAAGCCGCGCACAACCGUCGGAUGGAAGGGGCUGAUCAACGACCCGGACAUCGACAACAGCUUCAAGAUCAACAAAGGUUUGCGGUUGAGCAGGCAGCUGUUCGUCGACCUGACCUCCAAGGGGAUGCCCAUUGCCAGCGAGAUGCUCGACACCAUCAGCCCGCAGUUCCUGGCUGAUCUUCUCAGCCUCGGUGCCGUCGGCGCCAGGACAACCGAGAGCCAGCUCCACCGCGAGCUGGCCAGCGGCUUGAGCUUCCCCGUGGGCUUCAAGAACGGCACCGACGGCAGUCUCUCGGUGGCCGUCGACGCCAUCGGCGCGGUCAAGCAUCCCCAUCACUUCCUGUCGGUGACGAAGCCCGGGGUCGUCGCCAUUGUGGGCACCGUUGGCAACGAGGACUGCUUCGUCAUCCUGCGCGGCGGAACCAGGGGCACCAACUACGAUGCGCAGAGCAUCGCGGAGGCUAAGGCCGCGCUGCAGAAAGCGGGGCUGCGGCAGCGUCUCAUGGUGGACUGCAGCCACGGAAACUCCCUCAAGAACCACAAGAACCAGCCCAAGGUCGCUGCCGCGCUGGCUGAGCAGAUCGAGAAGGGCGAGGAAGCCAUCAUGGGCGUCAUGAUCGAAAGCAACAUCAACGAGGGCAAUCAGAAGGUCCCCCCGGAGGGCAAAGAGGCUCUCAAGUACGGUGUCAGCAUCACCGACGCUUGCAUCGGAUGGGAGGACACCGUCAAAGUUCUGGACUUGCUUGCCAAUGCUGUGAAGAAGCGGAGAGAAGUGCGGAACCACAAUGGCAGCACUUAAGCCGCCGACGAUCCACGAGGUUAUCUCCACAUUGUAUAUACCCAUUCAUUCAGAAACCGGCGUUUGCGGGUAAAGGUUUGGGGUUUAGAUCAAAAGUGAUGUUUUGGCCGUCGAAAAGCACCUGCCCUCGUAAGAACCUGCACCACAACGGUAGUGCUGAGCCUCCAGUGUCGUGACCAUCGGGUUUUCCCGUAAUCGAAGGGCGAAAGCAAAUAGCAAAGGGUUACGGGCCAUUGUUGUGUUCGAAGACACCAGGUAAUGUUGGGUUGGCGCCAGACCGAACACGCGAUGGUAGCUUC